AUGGAUUUGCUUCUACAAGCAAAAACCACACUAGAACCAUUCCGCAUGACACUCUUGUUCAUUAUCCCAACGAUGUUGCUUCUGGGUAUAUUAUCACGAAUUCGCCGAAGAGCACCAUAUCCACCAGGACCAAAAGGCUUACCCAUCAUAGGCAACAUGAACAUGAUGGACAAGUUAACACAUAGGGGUUUAGCAAACCUAGCAAACCAAUACGGCGGCGUUUUCCACCUCCGCAUGGGGUUCCUUCACAUGGUGGCAAUUUCAAACGCAGAAGCAGCACGACAAGUGCUUCAAGUUCAAGACAACAUCUUCUCCAAUCGCCCUGCAACCAUAGCCAUAACCUACCUCACUUACGACCGUGCUGACAUGGCAUUUGCACACUACGGUCCCUUCUGGCGCCAGAUGCGUAAGCUUUGUGUCAUGAAACUCUUCAGCCGCAAGCGUGCUGAGUCAUGGCAAUCCGUUAGAGAUGAAGUCGACGGCGUCGUUAACGUCGUUAUGAACAACCUCGGCAAGCCCGUUAACAUAGGGGAACUUGUGUUUAAUCUCACGAAGAACAUCAUUUAUCGUUCUGCUUUCGGGUGUAGCUCGCAGGAAGGACAAGACGAGUUCAUUGCGAUAUUACAGGAGUUUUCUAAGUUGUUUGGUGCUUUUAAUGUUGGUGAUUUUGUUCCGUUUCUUGGGUGGAUUGAUCCACAAGGUCUCCAUGCUCGGCUUGUUAAGGCUCGUGGUGCUUUGGAUAGUUUUAUAGAUAAGAUUAUCGAUGAACAUAUGGUGAAAAAGAAGAAUAUGAGUGAUUGUGGUGGUGAUGGUGAUGGUGAUGAAGAAACUGACAUGGUUGAUGAGUUGUUAGCUUUUUACAGCGAUGAGGCUAAAGUGAAUAAUGAAUCUGAUGAUUUGCAGAACUCCAUCAAACUCACCAAGGAUAACAUCAAAGCCAUCAUCAUGGACGUGAUGUUCGGAGGGACAGAGACAGUGGCGUCGGCGAUAGAGUGGGCCAUGGCGGAGCUCAUGCGAAACCCAGAAGACCUAAAGCGCGUGCAACAAGAACUCGCCGACGUGGUGGGCCUGGACCGGCGCGUGGAGGAGCGAGACUUCGACAAACUCACCUACCUGAAAUGCGUCAUCAAGGAGACGCUGCGCCUGCACCCGCCGAUCCCGCUUCUCCUCCACGAGACGGCGGAGGACGCGGCGGUGGCCGGCUACUUCGUCCCGAAGGGUUCGCGCGUGAUGAUAAACGCGUGGGCAAUCGGGAGGGACAAGGACUCGUGGGAGGAUCCGGAAGCGUUCAAGCCGUCGCGGUUCCUGAACCCGGGCGUGCCCGAUUUCAAAGGGAACAAUUUUGAGUUUGUUCCAUUCGGGUCGGGUCGGAGGUCCUGCCCCGGGAUGCAGCUGGGUCUGUACGCGCUGGAGCUGGCGGUGGCUCACAUGGUUCAUUGCUUCACGUGGGAGUUACCGGAUGGCAUGAAGCCCAGCGAGUUAGAUAUGAGUGACGUGUUCGGACUCACCGCUCCCAGGGCGAGUCGACUCGUUGCCGUUCCCUCUAAGCGUGUCGCGUGCCCUCUAUAAAAGAACUUUGGGACUUUUACACUUUGUCUUUUUAAUGUUUUUAUACUUCAAAUAUACAUAAAUGUUUGGGGGAGAAUCGCAAUAAUUGGAGAGACGGAAAGUGGGAAAAUUAGGUUAUCUUUUUCUUUGGAUAAACUCUUUUUUAUUUGAUCUAAUUGCGAAAGCAUUUAUGUCGUUGUUCUUCUAUGUAUUUUGGAUUAAGCUCACACUGGUUUUGAUUUAUACAAACUUGAACUGC